AUGCGAACCAGGCUUCGUCUGAUCUUGAUCAUCCUUUUGCUGGAGCUAUGGCUUCAAGUACUUCUUUCGUCAACAGAAAUGGUGGAAGUGCCGAUUAUCGGCAGGAAAACUCAACGUAUCGUGUCCCGAGUGACACGUGGCUUGAGACUGCACAAACGACAACUAGGCCGCUUUACACAGCACUUAAAACCAGCGAAAGAAAUAGACCCCAUUCCAGAAGGUCCAAAGGUACUAAUGCCCCGCAUUCCACCCGAUGACUUGAAGAAAUUUAUCAGUCAAGCAGCCGAUACCAUUCGGUUAAGGAUGGAAAGCAUGGAACCUAGUAUUUAUAGAAGUGGUGCGGUAUUGAAACCAGGUACGCCUGAAUGGUAUGCAUCUGCUACUACUAGGGUGAAAGUCAUGGCAAAGAAUUACUCCCGCAUCGCUCUCACUGCGGAAGAAGCCACGAGAAAGAUCGCCAACACGUAUGAUCUGAAUAAGGAUCAGGUAGCUUAUGGUCUUCCAAUCGCCGACAUAAGGGGUACAAUACUGAGUAGUCAAUGUCCGUUGGAGGUGGAUUUUCCCUGUCAGCCGAGAAAAUACCGAGCUUUCAGUGGCUAUUGCAAUAACGUGCAAAAUCCGAGCUGGGGGAAUGCAAAUCGGCGGUUUGUUAGAUUUAUAGCACCCGAUUAUUCGGACUACGUAUCAUUACCUCGUCAGUCUUUGAAUAACGAGUUUUUGCCCAGUGCUAGAGAAGUGAGUAUGGCGGUACACACGGAUUCUGAUCGACCCCACACUCACGUGACUGCUGUUUUGGCCAUCUUCGGAGAGUUCGUCUACCAUGACUUGGCUCACAUAGCUCAAUCAGCUGGAUAUCAAGGAAGUCGCAUAAAAUGCUGUGGAGUUGAAAAAAACCAGUUUCAUCCAGAAUGUUAUCCUAUUCGAGUGCCAUCUAACGAUCCUGUUUUUGGACGCAGCAGUCAGAACUGUAUGGAGUACGUGCGGUCCUGCUCUGCACCACGCAUUGGGUGUACAUUAGGCCCUAGAGAGCAGAUCAACCAAGUGACGUCUUUUCUAGACGCUUCCGUUGUCUACGGUUCCUCAGUAGAAGAAGCCAAUGUCCUGCGAACUUUUCAAGGAGGACAACUGAAGAUGCAAAGGACGGCAGCUGGAAGAGAACUUUUGCCAGCAGAUGUAGAGCAAGCCUACUGCAAGAAUUCUGGAAAAACUAGGUGCUUCCAAGCUGGUGAUAUUCGUGCCAAUGAAAAUGCUGGUCUUGUCGUCAUGCACACUAUAUGGGCUCGCGAGCACAACAGGCUUGCUCGAAACCUUGCUGUUCUCAAUCCUCAUUGGGACGAUCAUCAGCUUUUUGAAGAAGUUCGAAGAAUUGUUGGAGCUCAACUUCAGCAUAUAACUUACAAAGAAUUACUUCCGGCAAUCUUGGGACAAGAUAUUACAGACAAGUACGACUUGCAGCCGCAAGGCAGUGGCCAUUAUACAGGCUAUGACAUUAACAUGAAUGCCGGAUUAUCGAAUGCUGUAGCAACAGCCGUAUUUCCCUUCCUGUUUUCCAUGAUGCCCUCUCACUUCGAUCUCUAUUCCAAAGAGUACAAAAAAGUGGGCUCACGAGCUAUGAGCGAUACUUUCUUUCGCACAGAUGAAAUGUACGAUUCGAACACCUUUAACGAAUAUCUCAUCGGAUUAGUUAGCCAGAAAGCACAAAAUCGGGACGAGUUCAUCUCCAAGGAAAUGACGAAUAACGUAUUCUCUGAUGUGCGUACUGGGUCUGGAACAGAUUUAGCUGCCUUCAUUAUUCAGCAGGGACGUGACCACGGUAUACCGGGUUAUACUUAUUGGAGGAAAUUUUGUCGCACUGAACCAAUAGUAAACAGCUUUGAUGAUCUGAGAGCAGCUAUGCCAAGCGAUACAAUACAGAAACUGACUAAAAUAUACAGGAGUGUACAUGAUAUUGAUUUAUUCACUGGAGGUUUGGCCGAGACGCCUUUGAACGGAGCAGUCAUUGGCCCUACCUUUGCUUGUUUACUGGGAAGGCAAUUUCAUUACUUGCGACGAGGAGAUCGAUUCUGGUACGAAAAUGAUAUUCCACCUUCUUCUUUUACAAAAGAUCAACUUGCUGAAAUCCGGAAGAUCACUUUAGCUCGUGUUAUGUGCGAUAACGCAGACUCGGCAGAUUUCUUGCAACCUUCUGCAAUGUAUGUCAGCGAUCCUUUCCUGAAUGCAUAUCAGACUUGCAACUCAGCUGACAUUCCAGCUAUGGACUUGAAGAAAUGGAAGACACUAUCUCCCCGCGUCCAAGUCUCUGCAACUCUUUUGAAAGAUUCUCUGUCUCGAGCAAAACGCCAGGCGGCUGAACUCAUGACAGCUGAAUCACUGUCGAUUAAAAAAAGACAAGGUCUAGCAGCAGAUAAAAGUCCACAAGCAGUGCAUUUAAGUUUCUUGCGGCCGAAACGUCAAGCUCAGCAAAUCACAAAUCAGUCCAUUGUAUUAGAAAUCGCAUCGCAAGGCUUUGCCAGUGAUUACCUGAAUAGGAACCAAAGAGAUGAAGAGAAAGGAAUGUCGUUAAACUCUGUGCAGGAGUUGAUGGCUGCUUUGCCGAAUAUCGAUGUGGCCGACUUGCUAGACAUUCCGAAAGUGUUUGAUUGUGAUGAUCAAACCUUGCCAUGUGACCACACGACGAAGUUCCGGACAAUCACAGGAUGGUGCAAUAAUCUUAAUCAUCCCGAGUUGGGUAAAAGCAUGCGAAUCUUCACUAGACUUCUUCCCCCCGUAUAUGCGGAUGACAUGAGUGCCCCGAGAACCAUAGGAAGACUGGGAACUGUGUUGCCCAGUGGCCGUCUCAUAUCAACACACAUACAUGAUGAUGUGAAAGCACCUCAUGUUCGUUAUUCCCUGAUGAUUAUGCAGUGGGGGCAGUUCCUCGACCAUGACAUUACAUUUACUCCUAUGAAUGCAGCUAACGGAAAGCCUUUGGACUGUUCUGACUGCAAUUCUGCUAAAUCGAUUCACCCCGAAUGUUUUCCGAUUGUAGUGCCGUCAAACGACCCCUUCUAUCCUCCGAUCAACCAAACAACCGGCAGACCCACUUGCAUAUCCAUGGUUCGAUCUCUUGCUGGGCAACUCACUCUUGGGAGACGGGAGCAACUGAAUCAGGUAACUGCUUUCGUUGAUUCGUCGAAUGUCUAUGGUUCGGACCGAUGUGAAGCUCGAAUGUUAAGGACGUUCAUCGGGGGCAAACUAAAUGUUACUAAACAUCCACUUGGUCAUAAAGAUUUGUUGCCACAGACCAGCAACCACAAAGACUGUGUUGCACCUUCCGGGCUGUGUUUUGAAGCAGGUGAUUCUCGGGCCAGUGAGCAGCCAGCAUUAGCUGCAAUGCAUACAAUAUUCAUGAGGGAGCACAACCGAAUCGUAACACAGCUACAAAGAAUCAAUCCUCACUGGAGUGAUGAAAAUUUGUAUCAACACGGGAGAAGAAUUCUUUCUGCCGUCAAUCAGCACUUGACAUACAAUGAGUUUUUGCCCAGAAUUUUGGGGAAAAGCUUUGCCAACAAGUAUGAUUUGUACUCCCAAGUAGAAGGGUAUUUCGAUGGUUAUGACUCGACUUGUGAUCCGACUGUGUUUAAUGAAUUUGCAGCGGCAGCUUUCCGAUUUGGACACAGUUUACUAAAGCCAGUUUUUGACAGAUUGGAUCGUGGGUAUCGUGUUCUCAAUGAACCUUUGCAUUUAAGCAAGAGCUUUUUCAAUUCUGACAUGCUAUUUUCAUCCAAUGCCAUUGAUCAUAUACUUCGAGGUCUUGCCACAAGCAGCAUGGAAGCUUUGGAUCGUUCCAUUACUGAAGAAGUGACCAACCACUUGUUUGAGAACAAGCAUGUACCGUUCUCUGGCAUGGAUUUAGCCGCCCUGAAUAUUCAAAGAGCCAGAGAUCAUGGAAUCCCAGGUUAUAACGAAUAUCGGGAGUUUUGCAACUUGACAAAAGCGAAAUCCUUUGAUGAUUUGACAACAGAAAUCCCAUUUCAAAUUGUAGAAAGAUUGAAAAACAUCUACAACCACGUGGAUGACAUUGAUUUGUUCACUGGAGCGUUGGUAGAAAAGGCUUUGCACGGUGGCUUAGUUGGACCCACUUUCGGCUGCAUCAUUGCAAAGCAGUUUUCUCUGUUGAAAAAAUGUGACCGAUUCUUUUACGAAACAUCCAACCCUCUACUGCGAUUUACAGAAGCUCAACUCACAGAAAUAAGAAAGUCUUCACUGUCCAGGAUCAUUUGUGACAAUGCUGAUUCGGUUGAUAGUAUUCAACGAUCUUCGUUUGACCUUCCUGAUCCUUUCAUGAAUCCACGAGUUUCAUGCAAUCUCUUACCUAACCUGGAUUUAGAGCAAUGGAAAGAACGAGUUUCUUGUGCCGUAGGAAAAGUAAGCAUUGAUGUGGGUUCUGCAGAGAGAAUAUCUCCUUGUGUCAUGUGCACUUGUACUAAAGAAGGGCCAAUCUGUCAGUCUUUGAAGAUCAAUAAUUGCCUUCAUCUGGCAAGUACAUUUUCCAAAGAAUCAGUUCUCUCUGACCAUGUGUGCAAAGUGCAAUGUGCGUACGCCUUUCGUGCCUUUCCUCAAGUGGAUAUAGCCAGGAAUGGUAGACUCAUCAAUUCUCCUGGUAGCAACGUACUUGGGUUCAGCAGCAAUUCCUGA